CAAUGUCAAGCAAAAAUUAGUUUAUUUGCAUUGCAACUUCAAAUCUGUUGUUGGCAAUACUCAUCUCCAGAUUUGUGUGCACCGGCAUCGCAUGUGAACGUGUCGCCUCAAUCUCAAUAAAUUAGUGAAAUCAUCAUGUCUGACGAAUAUUUUUAUGGUGCUACCUUGUCGGCGUCACACCAAUCCGAGACAUGGGACCCCGAGGCGAAAGCGGAGUACCCGCGCACCAACAAACUCCUCAUACGCCAAGCGUUAUUAGGACCAGAGGCCAAGCCCGAUGAACUCAAUGUCGUACAGGUAGAGACAAUGUCUCUACAGGACUCAGUGAAGAUCCCAGUAGCCGUCCUCAAGGUCGGCGAGACGAGGCACGCGCGCCUUGAUAUUGAAUUCCCCGAUGCACCAGUCACUUUCACACUUGUACAGGGAUCAGGACCAGUGCAUCUGAUUGGCCAGCACCUGCUGGGGGCUCUGGUCGAUGAGUUUGAAGAAAUGGAGGAAAUGGAAGAGGAAAUGUUGGAUGAGGAAGAAGGUGAUGACUCUCAGUUCAAGGACGAUGAAAAUAAAAGGAAACCGUCUGCAGGCAAGCGCAAGACGAAUGAGGAUGAGGAUGACGAGGAAGGCGAGCCCAAGGGCAAGAAGGCGAAAAUGUCAAACAACGCCAAAGGCAAAGCCCCGUCGCCGAAGAAGAACGCCAAGAAGUGAGCCGCCUGCCGCCCGCCGGCCGACCUCUUCAAGACUGACUCCGGGAGAACAACAUCUAUUUCUCACGCGUGUCCUAUUCUCCAAAUUUCUAUCUCUAUUUUCAAAUUUACUCUUUUCUAAGUCGAUUUGUUUUUACAAAAGAGGCUUCGAAAACUCGUUACAAAUAGUGAAUAUAUCAUCUAUUUCUAUGUCAAGCGAACAUUGUUUUUAUGAUCUCGAAGUUAAAAAUUAAUAAUCAAAGGUAGUUUCGUAUACAAAUGGUGUGACAUUUGGAGACAUGACGCGGGUGGGCUCCCGGCGGCGGUCGGCCCCGAGCACUUAGUCGUAACUACAUAGUGUGGUAAUUCAGCCUAGGUUAGCGUUAUAUCGAUCGAGUGAUUGAGAGCGUGAACGAGUGACUUUUCGUGAUAUCCGGUCUUACGUUUUGUACGACCCACGGUCGAGGUAUUUUUCAGACUUAAUCCUAUGUGGUUAGUGAGAUCGCGUGAAUAUUUCACUAUUUUUUUUGUCUAAAAUUUUUUUUCCAUUCCUUACUGUGGUAUAGUGUUAUGGAUGUCAAAUGUAAUAUUUAAGUAAAUUCAUACAGACGUAUUUUUAAGUUAAGACUAAGCAUAAUCAGUGUACUUUUAAGACAUUGAUCACUUUUGUAGCAGUAGCCGGUCGACAUAUAAUUGAAUUUGCUAAUGAUUUCUCAUUUCAGAAUGAAAACUGAUAAUCUAAUAUAGUUUGUUUGUACAUAUACAUUUAAAAGCAUAAGAACGGUAAUAAAACAUUUCUAAACUUCA